AUGAGCAGCAAGAAAGAACAACAGCUAACGACAUAUGGGACCCUUGUAGUGUUUUUUAUCUUGCAAGUUCAGAUUUUUGGUUUUGAUGUUGAUAAUCGACCUACAACAGAUGUCUGCUCAACACACACAAUUUUACCUGGACCAAAAGGGGAUGAAGGUGAAAAGGGAGACAGAGGAGAAGUAGGCAAACAAGGAAAAGUUGGACCAAAAGGACUAAAAGGAAACAAAGGACCAGUGGGUGAUGUUGGUGACCAGGGAAUGCUUGGUAAAAUUGGUCCAAUUGGUGGAAAGGGUGACAAAGGAGCCAAAGGCUUACCAGGGGUUUCAGGAAAAAAAGGAAAAGCAGGCACGGUCUGUGACUGUGGGAGAUACCGCAGAUUUGUCGGACAGCUGAAUAUCAAUGUUGCUCGUCUUAACACAUCCAUCAAGUUUCUGAAGAAUGUUAUAGCAGGUAUCAGAGAGACAGAUGAGAAAUUCUAUUACAUUGUGAAAGAAGAGAAGAAUUACAGAGAAGCCUUGAUCCACUGCAGGGACAGAGGAGGAUCACUGGCCAUGCCUAAAGAUGAGGCAACCAAUGCCUUGCUUGCUGACUACAUCUCCAGCAGUGGCCUGUUCCGAGCCUUCAUUGGGCUGAAUGACAUGGAAAGAGAAGGACAGUUUGUGUAUGCAGACAACAGCCCACUGCAGAACUACAGUAACUGGAAGCAAGGGGAGCCUCAUGACCCAGCUGGUCACGAGGACUGUGUGGAAAUGUUCAGCACAGGAGAAUGGAAUGACUCUGAGUGCCAAGUCACCAUCUACUUCGUCUGUGAAUUCCUCAAGAAGAGGAAAUAAGAGUGCCAGAGAAUGUGCCUGGCACCUGCUGUACAUACAAUAACCCAUCCUCAUUCAUUUACGGUAGGGAGAGCAAAUCAGGGAUAGGAAACCAGGGACAGGGCUCAAUCCAGCCUUCACAUCACUGGGCUAAGCAAGAGUAACUGCUGUUUAGUCAUCAGUGACCUUAAAGUCAGCACAGGUCUGCAGGGGGCAUCCAGCCAGCUGUGAAUUUUCAUUUCAUUUCUACAUGCAUCUUAGGGCUGGAAUGUCUGUGUGUAAUUUAGGGGUAAAUUUAGAGCAUGAAGAAGUGAAUAUAAUUUCACCAGUUCCAGAAAUAGUAAGAUCAUUGGUAUUUGAGUACUGAUGUGGUUUGUGAAAUCCACAGAUGGAAAGAGCGUGACCUUCAUUUAUCUCUGACUUGCACAGGGAGUCCCAGUAAUUUCCCUUAUGA